AUGGAUAGAUCAUGGUUAUCAGCAAAUAGAAGAACGAAAGAAUUUCAGAAAGGGGUUGAAGAUCUAUUAAUGGUUGCAUUUGAGAAUGGGUACAACGAAGAAAAGAUUAGUUGUCCAUGCUUAAGGUGCGCACAUAGUAAAUCAUGGAAAGCUCAAACAAUAUGGCAUGGGGAGGCAAAUUUAGUUGAUAGCCAUGAACAAGAGGGGACUGAUGGUUCAGAAGCUAGUUUUACUCAAGUCCUUACAAGUAUGGGUCAAUCGGACAAUGAUGACGAUGAUAUUUCUUCGGAUACUUCAGAUUUCCUCAACCAUGUUAAAGGUGAACAACAACCCCUUUAUCCAGGAUGUAAGAGUUACACCAGGAUGAAAGCUUUAGUUAAGUUAUACAACUUGAAAUCGAAGCAUGGUAUGUCUGAUUCAUGCUUCUCUGAUGUUCUACUAUUGAUUGGCUCUAUGCUUCCGGAGGGCAACAAUUUUCCUUCUUCUUUCAAUGAAGCGAAGAAAACCUUAUGUACCUUAGGAAUGGGGUCUGAAAAGAUACACGCAUGUCCGAAUAAUUGUCUAUUAUACCGGGGCCAUAGAGAUGAAGACGAGUCUACUUGUCGCGUUUGUAACGCCUCGAGAUGGAAAUUGAACAAGAAAGGCGAGGAACAAGAAGGAAUCCCUGCUAAGGUUCUAUGGUAUUUUUCGUUGCUACCAAGAUUAAGAAAUUUUUUCAAUACACCUCAAAUAGCAAAGGACAUGACUUGGCAUGAUACCAGGAGACAAAAGGAUGGUAAAAUGAGGCAUCCAGCUGACUCGGAUACAUGGAAGGAUGUCGACCAAAAGUGGCCUGAUUUUGCAUCAGAGAGUAGAAACCUUCGGUUAGCUCUCUCCGCGGAUGGUUUCAACCCUUUUCGUGGAAACCGUACUGAUCACUCAAGUUGGCCGGUUUUCCUAUCAAUUUACAACCUUCCGCCAUGGCUUUGUAUGAAAAGAAGGUUUAUUAUGCUCUGCUUGUUGAUAUCAGGACCGACUGAAGCUGGAAAUGAUAUCGACGUGUUCCUUAAACCACUCAUAGAAGAUUUGAAGGAGUUUUGGCGCGGUAAACAGGUAUACGAUGCAUUUCAGAAAGAGCCUUUCAUACUUAGGGCCAUUUUAUUGUGGACAGUAAGCGAUUAUCCGGCCUUAGGGAACUUGUCUGGAAAUGUCGUCAAAGGGUAUAAUGCUUGUACCAUAUGUGUUGAUAAAACCAAUGCUACUAGGCUGGCUAAUUACCGUAAGACAGUUGUCAUGAGGCAUCGAAGGUGGUUGCCUCUUCAUCAUCCGUAUAGAAGGCAGAAAUCAGCUUUCGAUAACACUAUAGAAAAGGGUGUUGCUCCUAUUCCGUUAACUGGAGAUGAGGUUCUUCAAAGAGUACAACAUCUAAGGGGCCAUGUCUUUGGUAGGACCCAACGCCAACCUCGAUGGAAGAAAGGUGAAGCUCGACCUGUUUGGAAGAAGGUUUCUAUAUUCUUCCAACUCGAAUAUUGGAAAUUUUUGCCGGUUAGGCAUGUUCUUGAUGUGAUGCACAUCGAGAAGAAUAUAUGUGAAGCGUUACUUGGAACUUUGUUAAAUAUUCCAGGGGAGACAAAAGAUAGGGAGUCUGUCCGUAUUGACAUGGCUGCUAUGGGAAUAAGAACAGAGUUGAGGCCGAAAAAUCCUGGGAAAAAAGAGAAGCUUCUGUUGGCUUCAUGGAAUUUAUUACACGCUGAAAAGGUAACUGUUUGUUCAUCCUUCCUUAAAAUGAAGUUAGUAGAUGGAUUUUGCUCGAAUAUCAAGAAUCUAGUAAAUAUGGAAAAACUUCGGCUUGUAAAUCUGAAAUCUCAUGAUUGUCACACGAUAUUGCAUCAUUUGCUUCCAAUCUCGAUUCGAUCAGUACUGCAAAAACAUGCCAGGUGCACAAUUAUUAGGUUUUGCCUCUUCUUCAAGGCAAUCUGCAGUAAAGUCAUCGAUGUAGAUAAAUUAGAAAAAAUGCAAUAUGAAUUGGUGGAAACUUUAUGCCACCUGGAAAAACACUUUCCCCCUUCAUUCUUUGAUGUGAUGAUCCAUCUCUCAAUUCAUCUUGUGAGAGAGAUUAAGCUUUGUGGACCAAUAUUUCUUCGGUGGAUGUAUCCUUUCGAGAGAUACAUGAAGGCAUUUAAAGGAUAUGUACGGAACCCGACACAUCCGGAAGGAUGUAUUGUCGAGGCAUAUGUUGCUGAAGAAGUGGUUGAGUGUUUGGUGAAUUUUGAAGAAGCCACCGUGGGAUUAUCGGAAAAUUCUAGGCAGCAGAAUGAAAUCUGCAGACCCUUAUCUGGUGCUACAAUGAUAGAACCCAGCAGUGAGGACUUGCACUUGUCACAUUUGUGUUUUCUGCAGAAGGCUAAUGGCAUGAGGCCAUAUUUCGAUGAACAUAUGGCAUCUUUGAUGACGAGGCACAAGCAGCAUGAAAAUGAUGGAGUUUGGCUAAAAACCAAACAAAAUGAAAGUUUCCCCAAAUGGUUCCGUAAAAAGAUUGAAUCAGAUAUGCUGGCUGAGCAUAAUAACAUACCUCAUGAAAUAAGUUGGAUGGCAGAAGGGCCUAAUAAGAUUGUCCCUACCUUCAGCGGAUAUAGAAUCAACGGUGUUACAUAUAGAACCAAGGAACGUGAUGAUAAUAGGCAAGUUCAAUGUAGUGGUGUUUGUGUUGAUGCACAUACAAUGCUUGUGCAGGGUAAGGAUAAGAAUAUUGAACACACUACACACACCUACUACGGAGUGAUAACAAGUAUAUGGGAGUUAGAUUAUAACAACUUUAGAGUCCCUAUAUUUCAUUGUAAUUGGGUAGAUAUAAACAAAGGGACUAAGGUUGAUGACUUGGGAUACACAUCGGUUAAUCUCAACAAAUUAGGUUUCGUAAAUGAUCCUUUCGUGCUAGGAAAACAUGUCAAGCAAGUUUGCUACAUUGGUGAUCCUCUUGAAAAACAUUGGUCUGUUGUGUUGAAAUUACCAGAAAAGACCUUUUAUGACCACUGUGAUUAUGAAGAUGAUGGCUCGGUAGAAAUAGAACUUGAGAAUGAGCUGCAUGUGCCUAUGUUUCCCAAUGUUGACAAACAGGACAACGAAAAAACUAGUUAUACGCGGGAGGAAGAAGAACAGAUUCAGCUUUCAUGA